UGCGCAGACAGGUUUGGAGGUAAAUUUUGGCCCAGAUUAGUCGCCGUAGCCGUAGCCGUGUCCGUGGGGAUUAUGGGAAAGAUGGCGGCCGCCGUUCAUCGUCUGGUUUUCCGGGACUUUCCAAUGUCACGUUCUGGUAUUACUGCAAUAGCCACAUCCGUGUUUCCUGGCCCCCCCCAGCGCCAGCUUCAUCAUGUGCUCAGGCCUCACGGGAAAGGUGGGCGUUCCUCAGUCAGUGGGAUUGUGGCCACCGUGUUUGGAGCGACAGGAUUCCUGGGCCGAUAUGUUGUCAACCACCUUGGUCGUAUGGGGUCACAGGUGAUCAUACCCUAUCGGUGUGAUACAUAUGACCUCAUGUACCUUCGUCCCAUGGGUGACCUGGGCCAGAUUAUCUUCCUGGAAUGGAAUGGGAGAGACAAAGAUUCCAUCCGAAGAGCGGUGGAACACAGCAACGUGGUCAUCAAUCUUGUUGGGCAAGACUGGGAAACUAGAAAUUUUGAUUUUGAGGAUGUCUUUGUGAAGAUUCCCCAAGCAAUUGCUCAAGUGUCCAAGGAAGCUGGAGUUGAAAGACUGAUUCAUGUGUCUCAUCUGAAUGCUGAUAUUAAAAGCUCUUCUAGAUAUCUGAGAAAUAAGGCUGUUGGAGAGAAAGAAGUGAGAGAUACAUUUCCGGAAGCCACUAUCAUAAAGCCAUCGGACAUCUUUGGAAGAGAAGAUAGAUUCCUCAACUAUUUUGCAGGUGGUCGCUGGUUUGGUGGUAUGCCUCUUGUUUUCUUGGGCCUACGGGCAGAGAAACAACCAGUAUAUGUUGUAGAUGUAGCCAAAGGAAUUGUUAAUGCAAUUAAAGAUCCAGAUGCCUGUGGGAAAACCUUUGCCUUCACUGGGCCAAAUCGAUACCUCCUCUUGGACCUGGUGCAGUAUGUCUUCGCUGUGACUCAUAGAUCCUUCUUCCCAUACCCCUUGCCACGUUUUACCUAUCAAUUGAUAGCAAGACUCUUUGAGAUGAGCCCGUUUGAGCCCUGGACGACGAGGGAUAAAAUGGAACGGGUUCAUCUCACAGACAUGAAAUUGCCUCACCUGCCUGGCUUAGAAGACCUUGGUAUUCAGGCAACACCCCUGGAAGCCAAGGCCAUUGAGGUGCUCCGUCGUCAUCGCACUUACCGCUGGCUGUCUUCUGAAACUGAGGAUGCGAAGCCGGCCAAGACAGUCAACGUUUAGUGGCCCUUGUGCAGCCCUUGGUUUUUGGUGUCAUUCAGUUUCACCUGGCUAGCAACCACCUACUUUCUUCCUGUACAUAGUGAAUAAGAUCUAUUAAAAUGUCUGAGAUUAAUUUCUGCAGCAGCAUUUUCUUUUUUGAUUUAUUGAGUGAGAAAUUCAGUCACUUAGAACUUGAGCAUAAAAAAAAAAAUUUUUUUUUUUUUUAUAGCUUCCUGUAUAUACAUGUAUGUGUAUCAUUUAUUCUCUCAAAUAGUGGGGGGUGUGUUGAAUUCCCCUAUGUCAAGCUACUUCUAGCAUAUGUUCUGGAAGAUAAGGACGUCUCUUUGAUGUCAAAUUAUUGUGAAGACCCUGAGUGAUAGGUGAUUAUCUUAAUAUCCAUUAAUUGAGAAAAUAUACAAUGUCCUGUACUAAUCUGAAUUUAUUCACACUUCGGGUUUUUAAAAUUUUUCUUAAUGAUAUCUACAUACAUUUGGAAAAUGGUAGUACAUGUACAUAAGAACAUUGUAGACGUGGAUUCUCAAGCCCCUUGCAGUAACUGCAUAGUCUUCUACUUGAAUCUGAGCUGAGGCCUCCAUCCCUGUGCUGUAAGGACCACAUCUGGAUUACUGUCUAGAUUAUACAUGGAUGUAGACAGAUUCUCUUCUCUGAAAAGCAGAUGUCACAGCCUCUCUGUCACUGACGCAUGUUUGAAUUGGGACUUUUUGCUUACAUUGUUAAUAUUGCAGCAAAGAAUGAGAUGAAUCAUUGAUUUAGUGUUGGCUGAUCCCUCAGUGGAAACCCUGGUGGUGUAGUGGCUAAGUGCUACAGCUGCUAUCGAAAGGUUGGCGGUUCAGAUCCACCAGUUUGAAUCCCUCAGUGUGGUAUGACUGAAAACUCCCAUAUUCAGUGGUAAAGCCAACACACCACUAUCCUCGGUGACCCAAGGUUCUACUGCAAUCCACUAGACUUAGUUCUCUGAUCUUUAGGAUGCGAAUGUCAGUAAAAGCCUAUCCAGUUAUAUUAAUACCCGUCUCAUCUUUACAGAAACAGGUACAUGAACGUUGAAGGUGAGUUCUCUACCCACCCAUGUGAAGCACAAGAAUCUUUCUGUCCCCAAGCAAAAAUGUGCUACUCCAAGUGUGGUGUCCAUGUACCAGCAGCAUCAGCAUCACCUGGGAGCUUGUUAGAAAUACAGAAUGCCAGGCCUUACUCCAGACCUGUUGAAACAGAAUCUUCAUUGUAACAAGGUCCCCCAGGAGAUUUCGUAUGCACAUUAGAGAGAGAAGCACCGGCCUAGAGAUCACCUGCAUCACAGUUCAGGGGGCUGCUGCUUGCUAAUUUAGCUCCCUGGGUCCCAUCCCAGACCUACUGAACCAGACUCUCUGGAGGUGGGGCCUAGGAAUUUUAUCAAGCAUAUCAGUUUAUUUGCAUGUACAUUAAUAUGAGAAUCAGCGGUCUGGGGAAAGGAGCCCAAGUCCAGCUUUACUUUUUUUUUUUCCUUCAGAUAUAACGUCUCCUGUUACUUUGGGUGGAAACCCUGGUGGCAUAGUGGUUAAGUGCUACGAUUGCUAAACUAAUGGUCGGCAGUUCAAAUCCCCCGGAGUUGACUCAACGGCAACGGGUUACUUUGGGUGCUGGCCACAAGCAGGCCAGUAGGCACACAGAAUUUGAUUUUAAAAGAAAUAGUGAUUCUAUAAUGGACAGUGUCCUUUUUUAUAGUAUUUGUAUGUUUUAGCAAUACUGGUUUUCAUCUCUUUAAAUUUUUUUAUAACCCAUGAUUCUAAAUACUUGGUUUUUCUAAAACCAUAAUUCAACCAGCAUAGUUUUUCUUUCCUUUCACAUCUAGUACCCCCUUUUUUAUAGGAAAUAUUUUAUAAUACACCCUUUAUUCUGAUAGAAGGAUUGUAGUUACAAUAUAACCUAUCUUUUUUUUUAUACAUGUAAUCAAAAAUAAUGUAAUACCUUAUAUAAUCAAGAAGUUUAAAGGAAAGUAAUACAUAAUAAAAUAAUGUAUAUCUCAAUAUAUAGAUGUGUGAGCACAAUCACACCCAGUACAAUGUUGUCAGUUGCUUACACCCCUGUGGACAAUCGUCAUGGAUGCAACAGGGACAAAUGCAGACUGUCCUGAUACAGGUGUGGUUGUAUUGGCCACUUAAAUACCAUGAACAGCAUUGAUACUUAAGUCAACUCCUGAAAUUGUGAACAAGUUCUAUAAAGCUCAGAACAAAACAUGAACCUCCGUAUAUUUACAUUAUACUUGCUUUUCUAGAAAACUGGGCUUCUGUUAAACAAUACCAAAAAUCUUUUAUAUGUAUCUGUAAAAAAAAGUUAGAGCCUAAGUUCAGAUGACUAUAAAUGGGUUUUUGAAUGUCACGUAGAA